AUGCCUCCAAGAAAGAGAAGUGCCCGGGAAUCUUCCGAAGAUGUUGUCCCAAAGCGAAGAUCUUUGAGAAACGCAUCCAAAAGCCAGCCAGAACCUGAGUCUGAACCUGUCCCUAUCACCAAGAAGAGCCCACCAAAGAAGACAUCAAAGCCAGCAGUGAAGAAAGAUGACAAGCCCAAGCCUUCACCCAAACAAGCCAAACCCACACCCAAGAAGAGCAGCCCGGCACCAAAAGCCACCAAAUCAGAACCAAAGGAAACCAAACCAAAGAAGGCUGCAAAGAAACAAGAUUCUGACGCUGGCUCACGCUCUCUGUCCCCAUCCCCAGAAAUCCCAACAACAAACCCCAAUUGCGAGAGGCACGACGGAAAAUGGUACUGGCUCAUGAAAGCCGAACCAGAGACCCGUAUCGAAAACGGAGUCGAUGUCAAGUUUUCAAUCGAUGAUCUCAAGGCCAAAACAGAACCUGAAGGGUGGGACGGCAUUCGAGCUUAUGCUGCGAGGAAUAAUAUGAGACAGAUGAAUGCUGGUGAUCUAGCCUUCUUCUACGCAAGUAACUGCAAAGAACCAGGUAUCGUCGGUAUAAUGGAAAUCGUAAAAGAAUACUCCGAAGACCGCACCGCCCGCGACAAAAGCGCACCAUACUACGACCCCAAAUCUAGCAAAGAAAAACCAAUCUGGGACUUAGUCCACGUCGAAUUCCGCAAAAAGUUCGCCGUUCCCAUCGGUCUCAAGGAAUUGAAAGAGCUAGGCAAGGCGGGUGGUCCACUCGAAACGAUGCAGUUACUUAAGCAGUCGAGACUGAGUGUGAGUAAAGUCAGUGGCGAGGAGUUUGCUUAUUUGUGUGAGUUGGCGGAUAAGAAGGCGAAGGAGGCUGGGUUGGAGCAUGAUGAGGUGAAUGAUCGCCGUGCUAACCUUACCGGCCACGGCGUGGAUCCCCUGGAGGAACAUAUCCUGAAAGUCGGGAAAUCGGGUAACAAAGACGACUUCUACUCUCUCAUUCACCUAUACGACGAGCUCAACUCAAACGGUUUGGGGUCUAGGCUCUUGUCCGCGGCUAUCACAGAGAAGUGGAAUAUCGGCAUUGUCAGAGUCCUCGUCGAUGCACAGCGCAGGUUCUUCGACUGGACCAUCGGGCCACCGAACAUGCCGGGACCUCUCAACAGGGCCGCCGCCACCGACGAAACCCUCCACAUCUUCAUCGCCAUCGCCGAUAGCGCCAAACAAUUUAUUACGUUCAGCGAUCCCCGCGAUUCGGGCGGGACACCGCUCCACGCUGCCUGUCGUGCGGGAACAGUCUGGACUGUCCACUAUCUGCUCACCCGGAUCGAGAUACAGAACAUCUUCGAUUCCAAGGACGAUCAGGGACGUACACCUCUCUCGUAUGCGUCCGAACACGGCCACAUCGUGAUUGCUUAUUGGCUACUCAGCAUUGGGAAGCCCGAUUAUCUUGCUAAAGAUAAUGGGGGUCGCAGUCCAUUGGAUUACUCCAUGAGAUGUUUUGAAAUAUGGUUCAUGUUUUCCUGGUGUCGGCAAUUGGAAAUACUUGGAGUGCAGUUCCCCCUUUUAAGCGUCGAAGAGCUCAUGAUCACAUGCGCCCGUGUGAGGGCUAAUUUGGUGACUCGUCACAGGAUCGGGCAAUAG